AUGAAUGCACGGGAACGUCGUCAACGAAUUAUGCGGCGUAUUCAUACUCUUCAAUCCGAAGAUACUGGGUAUAGUAAUGAUGCUGAUUCUCGUCAAAGUAGCACAGCUUCGGUGAAGGAUGAUCCCGUACCCAAAAUGUCAAUUGAUCCAAAUUUAUUGUUUGUACCUGAUGUGAAAACAUUAGGUCUUGAUAAGGGUGACCCGCCACCGCACAAACGAGAUGCCAUUGAAAAGAUUCCAAUGCGUGCAAGAUCACAAAGUUGGCUUAUUCGGACAAGACAUCUUCUUCAUGAGGAGCGGGAACCGCCACCGUUAAUUUCUCACAUGAUGUUCGCAUUCUCCCUUCUACUAGUUAUUCUUUCAUUUCCUUGGUGUCUAUUCUUUUGUGUAAAAAUUGUAAAAGAGUAUCAACGAGCCGUAAUUUUUCGAUUGGGACGAUUGAUUCGCGGAGGAACAAAGGGUCCCGGACUAUUUAUUGUUCUUCCAUGCAUCGACACCAUGAAAAUAGUGGAUCUUCGAGUUUUGUCUUUCGAUGUUCCCCCGCAAGAAAUUUUGAGUAGAGAUUCCGUGACAGUAUCGGUUGAAGCAGUUAUUUAUUUCCGAGUCUCGAAUCCGGUCAUUUCCGUGACGAAUGUAAACGACGCUCAAUUUAGUACAAGGUUGCUGGCACAAACCACACUCCGAAACGUCCUUGGUACAAAAACGUUGAGUGAAAUGCUGAGUGAACGCGAUGCAAUUGCCAGUAUUACUGAAAAAGUACUUGAUGAAGGAACUGAUCCGUGGGGAGUAAAAGUCGAAAGAGUUGAAAUUAAGGACAUUAGACUGCCACAUCAACUUAUGAGAAGUAUGGCGGCUGAAGCGGAAGCCGUUCGACAAGCUAGAGCUGCUAUAAUUGCAGCACAAGGGGAGAAGGAUGCUAGCCAAUGUCUUAAUAGUGCCGCUGAAAUUAUUUACUCAAAUAAAAUGACAAUCCAGUUAAGAUAUCUGCAAACACUCACCAAGGUUGCAGCAGAGAGGAACAACACCAUCGUCGUACCGUAUCCAAUGGAAGUCGCGAAGCAUUUCGUUAAAAAGUUUAAUAGUAAAUAA